AUGAACAGCGUGUCAGCGAGCACUGAAAUCUCCGAACCUGAAACCGUACCGAAUAACCAUGUGUUUGUGACUGGAGACAUGAGAGCCCUCGUAUCAAUCUCGUUGUACACCACACUCUUCAUCGCUCUGCUAGUGACCACCGAGGCCUCCAGGUUGUCGGUUCCCAAAGUUCUUUUGCCCUUUUUCCCAGGGGUGGAGGUCCCUUUUACAAUUGAAGCUGGUGGAGGAUGCUAUACCUGGUACACCCACCACCCUGAGAUCAUCUCGGUGACACCAAUAUUUGAGAACAGCACCUUAUGCUCCCAGAAGGCCAUUUUAUCCUCUAAAGCAGAGCAACCCAAGCGCGUGACCACAGUGGUGAUCGCUGAGGAGAUAGUGACGGGACAGGUCUUGCGCUGUGAUGUCAUCGUUGAUCUGAUAGUGACAUUGGAGAUUGAAUCGCGGACUCGAGAGCUGUACGUGGAUGACGCUCCUGUGGAACUUACUGUUGUUGGGUUAGAUAAAGAAGGCAACACCUUCAGCAGUUUGGCUGGAAUCAACUUCCAGUGGACGGUGAUGAUGGACGAAUCUGCAGGAAUCCUCGAGCCGUCUACAAAAAUCAGGAUUCUGCGGUACACGGAGGCUCUCUACUACAUUCCCGAGUACAUAGCAUUGAUGGAGAAAGCUGGAAAACAGGGAGAUAUUGCUCUAGUGUCCGGUAUCAGCACCGGAUACAGUGCGGUCAAAGUACGGAUCGAGGCCGAAGUUUACAAGAACAUACCUGUUACCAGCAUACGCCUGCUGGUCCUGGAGAAGAUAUUUGUGACACCAUGCUGUGAGGUCCUCCUGUUACUUCAUGCUCGUGUCCACUUCCAGGUCAAGAGGCUGGUGGAGCGCAAAGUUACAGAGAUGGACCCACCUCUGAUUAGUUAUAUGGUGCAGCUGGAGAACCAGGUGGUAUUUCCAGGAGGGGACCCUGACUUGCCUGUGGCUGAUCUUGACGAAACGUCCCUUGUGGUGACGGCCGUACAGCUGGGCUGCACCAGCCUAAUCUUUGCACACAAGAAUAUUCUCAUGCCUGGUGGUUCCAGCCUUCCUAACUGCACGGUGUGUGUGGUGGAGCCGGGUUAUCUUGGGUUUUCCAUUCGUCCCGGAGAGCUCUGGAUUCUGGAGGUAGAGAAGUCGUAUGAAGUCAGCAUUGAGGUGUAUGAAAAGAUAAGCAGUCGCCGGGUCUAUCCCUCACAGAACCUGCGGAUCAGCGUUCAAUUUCCGCCCCAAUUCUUCAGUGUGAUAUUGUCCUCUGAAAACGGGUCAUACCAUGUGGUACGUGCCCUCCAUACUGGAACCACAAGCAUCAAUGCUUCCCUUACUGGUGUGGAUCCUCAGGAUUCACCAUUCUGGAUGUUUUUAAACCAAAUUUUCCAGGAACAAGAGGUAAAGAUAUUCUUACCCAUUACCCUGUCUCCCCAAACUGUGGCGUUCCCUGCUUACCCAAGAGACGCAUCCUAUAGAUACUUGGUAAAGGUGGCAGGAGGCAGCGGGAAUGUCUCCUGGUUAUCCACAAAUGAGAGUAUCGCAAGUGUUACCACCAGAGGCGUUGUCAUCACUAGACGAGACCCCGGCCACUGUAUGGUCCAAGCCAGUGACAUUAUGAACCCGUUACACAGCGCUGAGAGCCACGUUUUGGUGCUCUCGGUCACAUCUUUGGAGCUUCUCCCAUCCAAUGCGGACACACAGGUCGGCCGGGAGAUCCAUAUUCCAUUAGUGGUAUAUGGGAACUAUCAGGGUGCCAGUAUUCCUUUCAUAAACUGCUCACUGCUUCCACUGCACAUCAGCAUGGACAGGGGUGGAGUGUUCAGCAUCCAAGAAGACAGAUGUAGAUUUGCUCCUCCAUCAUGUUCCUGCUUGAAGAUACUUGCACAAAACCUCGGCCAUGUUGUACUCACAGUCAGUGUAACAACAGCGGAUGGAGAAUACCACAACAACACCAUCUUCUCAGCAUACAACCCUCUCAAGGCAGUGGAUCCUGUACACACCUCUGUGCUCUCCCUAUAUUCAACCAAGGUCAUGGUCUUUGAAGGUGGUCCAAGACCAUGGCUUCCCGAGCCAAGCAGUUUCUUUAUGUGGCUCACUGCUCAAGACUGGAGUGGUGUUCACAUACAACAAAUCGGAGAUCCUGCUAAGGCAAAGCAGAAAUUGCACACAUAUCAGGUCCAGUGCACUAAACUGGGAGAGCAGGUUUUGACAUUCCAACUUGGAAAUCAUCCUGGAAUACUAAAUCCAAGACCAUCUGUGGACAUGGUAGAGGUGAUGCUUAUCUGUGCUGUUCCUGCACACAUGUCCUUGUAUCCGGUGUACCCUGUGCCGAAUGGAGCUCAGCCAUGUCCUAUCCCAAAGCAUAACCCAGAACUUAUGCCCGUGUCCAUGUUGAGGGACACAAAACUAGAGCUGAUCCUCUAUGACCAGUACAAGAGGAAAUUUGACAACUUCAGCUCACUGGCGAUGGACUGGACAUCUUCCAACGAGACCAUGGCUCUCCUGUCGUAUAGCCAGGGCAUGCAGGAGAUACCAAAGAGUGAUGCUACUGGACAGACAUGGUUACACGGUCAGCAUCUUCUAGAAGUAAAGAACAUAAAAGGCACAGUUUUAAUCAGUGUCACUUGUGCUGGAUACAAGUCCUGGGUUCAGGUCCAAGAUACGUCGCUUCUCAUUAUCACCACGCUGAAACUCUCCCUGGUCGAUGAAGUGUCCAUUCUACCGAAUUACAUCACUGUGUUUGAUCACCCAAAGGUUGAGGAAACUUUGAACUUAGUGGAAGGAUCUGGAUAUUUUCUGGUAAAUAUUAGUGAUCCCAGGAUGGUGACGACCACGUAUGAAGAAGCAGAGAACACAGUGCAGGUGAUCCCCCUGCACCCUGGUACUCUGACACUGGAGGUCCAAGACCUCUGUAUCUUAUCUGCAAGUUAUGCCACUGCUACCAUCCACGUCUCCGACAUCUACGAAUUGGAGAUCAGCUUGGUAGAUAAGGUAGAAGUGGGAAAAUCUGUCGAAGUUUUGGUGAAAGUCUGGGAUUUUUCUCAUAGGCCGUUCCUGAAUAGACAUUUCAACAUAAUGCAAUUGAAUGUCCAGAGCUCCAGCCCCAUCGUCAUUCUCAAAAAACUGCCUGAAAAUGACAAGUUCUCCUGGAGUUACCUCCUUCAUGGCACUGGUGUAGGAGAGACAACCCUGGUGGUGACCGCACACGAUAAAGCCAGGAGGACAAUAACCUCGGCUCCUCAUCCAGUAGAGGUAUUUGCGCCUUUCCGACUGGUACCAGACAAAAUCACAUUAAUUCCUCACAAUAUGAUCCAGGUUACGUCUGAGGGAGGGCCGCAGCCGCAGUCUGUUAUCCAGUUUUCCGUUAGUAAUGACAGCGUGGCCACCAUAAAUGAAGUGGGCCAGGUGACUGGAUUAGCUGUGGGAACCACCAAAAUCAGAGGGACUGUCCAAGCCAUGAGUGAAGAGAUGGGUAGCUCCAUGGUAUCUACUCAGGAUGAAAUAGUGGUUGAGGUCAUUCAUCUGAAAGCGAUCAGGAUCCACAUCCCUGUGACUCGUCUUAUUAUACCAUCUGAGAUGCCUGUAUAUGUGAUGGGAAUCUCCAGCACACAGACUCCAUUUUCCUUUAGUAAUUCAAAGCCUCCUUUGCAAUUCUACUGGUCACUAAAUAAAAGGGAUGUGGUGACCCUGGAGCCCCGUAUGACUGAGGCAUCUGUAGAAUUGCAGCCCGAGCUAAACUUUGCUCAGUUGGUCCGGACUUGGGCCAUUGGUCGGGUAAGCAUUAAAGUGACCGUACGCUCUGUGUCUGGAGGACAGUUUGAGGGUAAUACAGCUGAGCUAGUAGACCAGGUACAAGUUGUGGUUUUACGGGGCCUCUCUCUGUUGACGCCAAAAUGCCCGAUACAGCAGAUCCUUAUGGCUCCAAAUUCUUAUCUCACUGUGACGACAAACAAAGAUGGAGGAGCUUCUGUGAUCUCUUACAUCCUUCAGUCUUUUCCCAACGCUUCGGUGAUUGAAGACGAUGGUCAUGGCCACCUAAGAGCUGGAGGCAUUACGGGAUCCAGUAUCCUUAAGAUCUCAGCUGUGGAACCAUUUGGAAUAACCCAGAACCUUGUCAUUGGUGUCCAGGUGGCUCCUGUCAACUACCUAAGAAUUGAAGUCAAUCCCAAGCUCCAUACUAGAAGCGGUCAUCCUCUGGCAUCUUUUCCUGUCGGUAUAACCUUGGAGCUCAAUGUGCACUUUUACUCUAGCAUUGGGGAAAAAUUUCACACCCAGAAAACACAACUUCGUUUUGCAACAAACAGAGAUGACCUCCUACUAAUCGAACCUGGUAUUAGGAAUUACACCUUCCUGGUAACAACAGUGAUGCAAGGAGAGACACUGCUGAGAGUCUGGGAUGAAGCACAUCCAGGGAUGGCAGAUUUCAUGCCAAUACCUGUAGAAGAUGCCAUAUCGCCAGAGCUCAAGAUGCCCAUUGCCGUUGGAGAAGUCAUUUGUUUAAGUACAGAGCUGGUCAACAGUAACGAUGAGCCAGGGGUCUGGCAGACGUCUCCAGGUCCAUUCCUUCAGGUAGACGGGGUGACAGGUGUGGCUGUAGCUCGCAGUAAAGGGAUCACAAAUGUCUUCUAUAUCAUUACUGGGAUGUUCACGACACACAAGCAGGUGACAAUCGAAUCCUCCGAGUCCCUCAUUAUGAGACUCACAUCUCAAAGUCAUGUCACUAACUUCCCGUCUACACGUCAGUAUACCGCGUUUGUCUCUUUCAGCCGCACAGAGCCUGUUAUAAAAGGUCCAUGCAGCAAAGUGCAGAUAGAGGUGGCGCAGGAAAUGCUGACAUCUGCCAAUCUCCUGAUCUGCUCGGUGCAGUUCAGUAACCAGUCCAUACACAUCCCAGCCACAAAGGUCUUCCAGAUCCGACCAGACUUCAGUGUGGAGACAGGACACUAUACUUGUGAGAUCUCCCUCAGGACACUGACACACAUGGAGAUGCAAGCCCUGAGCACAGCGGACACCCUGGUGGAGUUAAGAGCAUCUCUACUUGGAGGAGUUGGACUUCUUCACGUCCCUUUCCACCCGGCCUUUCAUGUAAACCAGACUGAGCUGCUCUUCAGUAGGCACGAGCUGGACAGCCAUAUCAGGAUCUAUGGGACCAGCAUUGUUCUAAGGAAUGUGGAGAUAGCAUCAAGCUUCCCAGACUUGCUGUUCGGAAUAGACAUAAUUUCAGCAAAGCAGGCCGGACUGUUCCUCAUCUCUGUGUCUGCUCUGGACUUCGAAUCCAUCCGCUUAUCCCCAGUGCCCCUGUUUAUUAACAUCUCGUGUGCUCUGACCGGUCAGGAUAUGGCACUGCCAGUGAAGGCUGUCCUGGAAGACCAGGAGGCUGAGCGCAGGCCUCUCUCUAUACCCGCCAUCUCCAUCUAUGUUAUACUUCUCACUGCGUUUGCCGUAACGGCCAUCACCUGCGUCACACUCAUUGCCUCCAUUUCCCUUACUAAUCUGCAGAAGAUGAAGUUCUUACUGACUAUGUCUCUAUUUCCAGUGUACAAUGCAUUCAUUGACCGCCUGCAGACAACACCCAUCAUUUAUAUGUCAACGUCAAACGGUCUCAGCCCCAUCAGAAGCCCACAGGACACAAGGUCCAGCCCAGUCAGGAGAAGAUCCAACUAUCAUGGCCGACUGUGGAGCUCCGGACACUGA